GAGGUGAAAGCUCGUCUCUUCACGUCACUGUCUCUCAUUCUACGGCCGUGUUUUGGUGUGCCGUAAAGCGAAACGCGUUGGUUCGGCAGAAGGUUAAAGCGAACCUCUCUGGUUGAAGUGAUUCCUACCAAACACGCAAUCAUGCCGUUUGUGGACCUGCAGUCAAGGCUCGGCAUCAACGUUGAUUCCUGGCUGCUGCAACAGAGCAGCCUUCAGCCCAGGCAGAAGGCGGCGCGCUGCCACGUUUUUGAGAAGGAGUGGAUCGAAUGCUCCCAUGGCAUCGGGCAGAUUCGCUCCAAGAAGGAGUGCCAGCUGGAGUUAGAGGAUUUCAACGAGUGCUUGCACAGGACGAAGACAGUCGAGAGGCUGAAGGCGAUCCGUGAGCAGCGUGAUAAAAUGAUUAAGGCGGGGACAUACACACCACCGCCCUGCCAUUCAGGAAAGGGUGAAGAGUCUCCAUGAGGCACCAGCUCUGCAGAGCUCUCCCUGUUCUGGUCUCACAGCCAUCCAUAUUUCCUGUUCCCUGUACAAGUUAGCAAAUAAAUGUUAUUAUUAAA